UCGGUACGGUCAUAUGAUAAAUGUAGAACACGCUGUAUCCCCGCUUUUUUUUAUUUUUUCCUUCCUUUUAUUUUUUCGUUUGGUCAUCUACACCCUCAACAUUGACUCGUCUAAAUUGCUAGGCACAUUGUUUCUCGCUAGUUUCACUAAGCUAGUGAGUUGUCACACGUGACUACCCUUGGUGCUGCUUCGCGCUUCCGCCGACACCUCGUCCAUGUAUUAUUUCGCGUGGCCGCAUACGUCACGCGUGUUUUUGCUGCGUCACAAGACGCAAUUCAGGAAGCGGAGAAGUAAAAUAGCAGACCGAAACGAUAGAAAAAAGGGAAGGGAGGGCAGCUCCGCCCUCGUGAGCGCGCGGAGUGCGCUCAUGUGUGUGCCGCCUAGUUGUAUUCGAUGUACGUACGCGUUGUAUACGGACUACUAUUUGAUCGCGUCUAUUCCGUGUGUAAAUCGACGUCGGUUGAAACACGUGACUUGACAGGCAAGUGAGGACAGGACAAUAUGAGUGAGAUGACGAGUGUUGUCGAGACGCAACAGCAGCAACAGUACGUAGGCGGCGGCAGUUCGAAUACGGAGCAUCAUUGCAAGGAUUGCGGUGUGAAUUUCGAAAGCGAGAAGAGUUUGGAGGUGCAUCUGCGCUAUCAUCACGAGAACUUGCUAAAUCAGUGGACAAGUAAGGCGCAGCAAGAGGAGAGCAAUAAUAAUCACAGCAAAGCGGGUAAUCAUAAUAGCCACGCGAACGCUAAUCGGGAUAGCGUGGCCGUGCCAGCGGACUCAAGCGAGCCAUCAUCGAUGUCGCCUUCUCAGGAUCCAACAUCUUCGCAGCAGCAGCAGCAGCAGCAGCCGCAACAGCAGCAGCCGCCGCAGCCGCAGCCGCAGCCGCAGCCACAGCAGUCGCAGCAGCAAACUCAACAGCAACAGCAACAAUCACAACAAUCUCAGCAGCAGCCUGGCGUGCAUGCAAUUGUGUGCCAGUCAUACGAGCAUUUUCCACCAAUGUUCAGCGAGACUGGUUACUUCAUGCAAAACGAACAAUCCUACAUGAUGUCUCAUCACUUUUCGCCGCAACCGGAAGACGCUCAGAGCAAUGGCGGUCGCGAUAGUGGCGGUGCUUACUCGCGUUACAUGUAUCCGCAUCAACAGCACUAUGCUGCGGAACGUGCGGUCCCUAACUCUACCAGUCCGCGUAGCUCGCUGUUUCAGUGCGACAAGUGCGGAGCAGUUUACGAAGAUGCAAAUCAAUUGGGUGAACAUGUGAGAACGAAUCAUUUGGACUCGCCUUCUACGUAUUCCGCUCCUCAGUAUCAACAGCUGGGCAACAGUCCACAGCAGCAAGGCCAACAGUUGCAUCCGUCACCACCACUUUCGAAUCAAGCUCAACAGCCACCGGGUUAUGAUUACAAUGGUGGACAGACGGUCAAAGAAAUGAAGCAGGAACCUGAAGAACAGGCUGAGAUCCUCGAUCUGGAUUCGCACAAAGUACAAACGCACAAAUAUGAAGAGGAGCUCAUGAGACUUCAGCAGCAGCAGCAGCAACAGCAACAGGGCCUCCAGAUGCAGAUGCAUCAUCAGCAGGUGAUGCAACAGCAACAAAGGAUAGGAUCGCAUUCGGUGAGUUCUAUGCUAGGUUGGCCACCGGCCACCCAAACUCACGAUUAUCAUGUCGGACUUCCGCCUAUGGGUACCGUGGACAAUGUUCCACCAAUGACUGACCAAAGUCAGUUUAUGCGCGGUCAGCACAUGCCCGUAGAGCACGGGCAUCAAGGUUCAUCGAUAAUCACGAGCACGCAAUCGAUGACGAGCCAUCAGAUGCCGAGUGGAUUCGUGCAGCAGUCGCCGAAAGCGCAGCCGUUGGCGAACCAAUCCUGGAAAAGCAACGAGCCUCGUCGGCCGAAGACUUACAAUUGUACUGCAUGCAACAAGUGGUUUACCAGUUCAGGUCACCUGAAAAGGCACUAUAACACAACAUUGCAUAAGAAUGCCGUGAAGAACGGCAAGGACCCUGAUCCAGCAAAUCUUCCAAUCAGUGCUCAUCACCAUCCCGCUAGGGACAACAAUGGCGGUCCUUCAGCAAGCGGUAGAGGCAGCGGCGCUACUACGCGCUCGCCAUCAGACUUAUCUUCAAGGAGUCCCCCAAACUUGAUGGCAGGUCCCUCGGGCGAGGUGACGGGGGGCCUGCUUCACACGCCCACCACUCUUUGCAACUCCAACAGCAACAGCAGCAGCAGCAACAGCGACUCCUCGGCGGUGGCUCUGGUACAGCAGCAACAGCAGCAACAACUUGCGGUCCACCUGCCGCACUCGGGAAUAAUGCCGCUCAAUUCCCCGGGACCAUCGCCGUUAACGGGACACCAUCAGCAACAAAUGAGUUCUGCGCCUCAUCAGCUGGCCCUCCAGCAGCAGCAGCAACAGCAGCAACUGCACCUGUCGACGGGUUCAUCAGGCCAACCGGUGCAUCAUACCACGAGUCAUUCGCCCAUGCCCCCACCGCCGACCUCACACAUGAAUUGCCCUUCACCAAUGCGCUCAUCGUCCCAUCCUCAUCACAUGAAUACCCCAGGCUCGGUCACUCCAGUGACUUCACCCACGGGGAUGGGGGGUACUACGAUGCCUCAUCAGCCGUACCCAAACGCCUUGCCCCCCCACGUUACAACUACUACCAGCAUCCCGGCGGUCCUGCUGGAGUCUAUCCCACCGGUUACCACCAUACAGCUAACUACUAUUGGUAACAAGGAGGACGAACAGCAACAUCAGCCGCAGCAACAACAUCAGAUGAAUAUGCUGCCCGGUUUCGGGACCAUCGAACAAAGGAUCCUACCGAGUUUCACGCAAUUUGGCGUAACCGGGUUUGUAGUAGAACAGAAUCAGAUACAGACUGUUAACGUGGGGGGGCUAAAUGUAGAGGAGAUUACUCCUCAAGAAACAUCUUACGAAUCUUCUCAGUCUUAUGAACCGUAUUCACCAGCUCACUACAAAUCAAUAAACGUAGGGACGAUGCAGAGCACGGAUAACAUAACAAGUACCGAGGACGUUUCGCAUUCAGCAGAGUCGUUAACGUAUCAGUUGGAGCAUUUGGAUCUUGAAGCAAACAACAAUAACUUGGCGAAGGAGGAUAUGGACCCGAACGUCACAAAACCGAAGAAGGGGCGUAAAACCAAGGCGGCUUCGAGCAAGAAAUGCCAGUUUACCACCACCGGAGCUAAUUUCAUUUCGAAAGAAGGUUUUCACAAGUGCAUUGACUGCAACAAGGAGUUCAACAAAGCUUGCUAUCUAACACAACACAACAAGAGCUUUCACUCGGGUGACAAACCGUUCAAGUGUGCUCAAUGUGGCAAACGAUUUCACAAUGAAGAAUUGCAUGCCAAGCAUGUAUUGAUGCAUGGUAUGACACGGAAGCAUCAGUGUGAUGCAUGUCCGAAGGUAUUUGCUCAUAGGACUGAUCUAAAACGUCACCAAUGCAUCCAUACUGGGCAACGACCGUUCAAAUGUGAUAUGUGCGAGAAGGGAUUCAUCAGGCAGGAUCAUAUGAAGAAGCAUCGGCAUACGCACUCGAAGAAAUCGCGGAUCCAGAACCAGCGAAUCAAUGCUCAACGAUACGGCUAUGUAGCAGUAACCAGAGUAGCCCGCUGCUGAACUUCAUGAAGACAUAAAGGUGUGUUCUUAAGUUGUCGGUACUCGACUGCGACCAAACAGUAAGGCUCUUCAUCGAUCAACAGGUAUCUGUUGAUCUAUCCGCGACAAUUUUGCAGUCGAUUAUUUUCUUUCCAUUCCGCCCUUUGAAAUUUCAUGAUUUCUUAUGUACGAUAUUAUGCAUUAGAUUUAUUAUGUAUCAUAGUUGAUAAAACAAGGCGCAAGAUCGAGUAUUUAUAUUUGUGAUCUCGCGGACUUUGGUUAAUUUUGCGUCAUCGCGAAGACAUUUUGUUAUCUACCAAUUUGCCAUUAUAAAGCGUAUAAAGCAUAUAUGACAAAACACGACGAGCGUCGGCAGUUCUCUCCUUUUUUGCUCAAUAUAACAUUUAUUUGACUGGAAGGAGCUCAACAUUCUCCAAACUUUCAUCUGAGAUCACCUCACUUGAGAGAUUGAACCGUAUCUAUCGAUGUACCGAAAUCACGGUGUUUUGUAAUAGCGUGAUAUAAAAAAAAA